AUGAUGGAGCUUCUCUUCGCCCACCCUUGCCCCGAGUUCCUCUUCGAGCCCAUCACCUUGCGCUCGAGAAAGAGGAAGUCUAUUGUGAGAGCUUUUGACUUUUUUUUUCUUCUCUCUUAAGUGGCCACUUUGAAGCGAUACCUUUGUCCUAGUACUUUUGGGGAGCCUCCGAAAGGAGAUUUGAAGAUUUUUCAGAAUAUUUUUCACUUCAGUAGUCACUUUGAAGCGUUUGUAGGGUUUCCGAAUGUUCACCGAAUUUUUCCUAGUGCUUUUGGGAUAACUCUGAAAGGAUAUUUGAAACUUUUUCAGAUUUUCGUGAUUUUUUCACUUAAGUGGUCACUUUGAAGCGUUUUCAGAGUUUCCGAAUGUUCACCGAAUUUUUCCUAGUACUUUAGGGAUACCGUAGAAAGAAAAUUUGAAGAUUUUUCAGAAUAUUUUUCACUUAAUUGGUCACUUUGAAGCGUUUUUAGGGUUUCCGAAUUUUCACCGAAUUUUUCCUAGUGCUUUUGGGAUGCCUCCGAAAGGAUACAGAUUUUUCGAUUUAUUUCAAUUAAGUGGUCACUUUGGAAGUUUUUAGUUCAAAUUUUAGUGGCCUUCCGAAUUUCGAGUCAUUUUUUGAGCUUCAGCAAUUUUUUUCGGAAGGAACAGAAAUUCCGGGUUUGAUGUACUCUAGUGGCCUCUUGGAAGGGUUUUCAGUAGAUUUUCUCGAAUUUUUUGCAUCCUCACUGAGUUUUUCUAUAUGUUUAAGAAGCUUCUCGAGCUUCAAAUUCAUCUCAAAAAAAAUAUUUGAGACCUUGACUUCAACUUUUUAAAAGGACAACUUGAUCGUCUGAGAUCAAUCGUUGGACUCUGUCUGCGACCCGAAUUUGAUCCUUUUUUCGCGCAGUCGGGUGUACUUUUAGAGACGUUGAUUUUUAACCUAUCGGGCCUGAUUUUUGGAAAAAUUUGAGAAUUUUUUGGUCUUUAAGAUUUGAAGGACACAGUGGAAGCUUAAGAAUUGAAUUUUGAACUGUUUUCUUUAAAUUCUGAAGUUUUUGGUAGUGUAACUGACUUUGAAGACUUACUUAUAAGAACUUGAAGAUUUGGUUCUUUAAAAAAAUGUUUUUCAAGUUUUGGUAGAAGUGAUUGGUCUUGAAGACUUACUGGAAGGUUAAGAAAAGAUUUUUUUUUCUGUAAAUUUGAAAAAUAUUCUAGUAGGACCGACUUCAAAGACCUUCUGUGUAGCAGGACAAUGGUCAGAGUGAUUUUUUUGAGUUUAGCGCCACUUAGAAUCACUUUCUUCCAUUUUUCCCCUCUUGGUCAGAAUCUCCCCCAGCAAGCUCUUGUUCCAAGAACUCAGGAAACCUCUUUUCCAGCCAGUGCCGUCCUCAUCGUCGUCGUCGUCGUCGUCGUCGCGCAGCCACCACCACCACCACCACCAUCACCAUCAUCGGCAAGCGGCGGCGGUCGUGGUGGCGCCGGCCGGCCGAACCAACACGGUCGUCCAGGCUGCGCCAGCCGCUGGCGCCAACCUCGGCAUGUACAUCGACAAGCUCGUCGAGACGUUGGUCGUGAACAGCACGCCGGCUGUGAAGGUUAGGGGGAGCUUUUCUGUUUCGUCUUGAUUUCUAGUUUUCUAGAACUUCUUCUUCAAUUCGGAUGAAGAUUAGCUCUUUUUUGAUUCGGAAUUUUUGGGUUUUGACAUCAUUUUUGGAGUUCUGGAUCAGAAGAUUAGCAUGAGUUUGGUUAGGAUUAUCACGUGGAACGGAGAAAUUUAGUUUUGAUCAUUUUUCUCUCGGAUUAUGCUCUGAAAAUCUUCCUUGAAUAAUUUUUAGCUUUUUGAGAUCCUAGUCUUAUUUCAGUCAUCUUGGAGCAUUACUCAAGCUUCCUACAGCUCAAAAUAGUCUUCAAAAGAUCCCAAAUGAUUCAGAAUGACUACAAGCUUGAAAUUCCUUAUAACCAUUCCUAAGCUAAUUUUAAGAAUCCAACAGUCUCAGUCAAGCUUUCCAUAGCUUCAAGAGGAUUCCUAUAUUUUCAAUUUCAAUCUCUUCUUUCCUUCCAGGCGACGCAAGCGACGGCGCCGACGACGAAGGACGGCGAUUUGCCCCUCUCCUACACCCAAAUCAACGCCCUGGAGAACGUCUGCCGCCUGCUCAAGUCCCAAUCGCGGCCCGAGUCUCCAAUGAGCAAGUUCGAUGAUGACCGGUUCGUUUUUUUCAUUUUUUUUUCACUUUUUUUCACUUUUUGUAAGGUUAGGUCGUAUUAAGUAGGGAUGCACUGGGGAGCCUUAAGUGACCACUUGAAGGUAUCUUUCAAAGGAUCCUAGCUUAAUAAUAGUCAUUGAAGAUCCUUAGUCAUGUUUUUUUACACACCAAAGAAGUUUUUAGAGUUUAGGGAUUUUAAGAAAUUUUAAGUGCUAAGGGAGCCUUUAGAAAGGUUCUAAAAUCCUCAAGGUCAGAAAAAAUCAAAUUUUAGAGGGUUUCGGGAUUUUUCAAAACGUUUUUCGUUGAAAUGAGCCUUUGGAUAGUUUUUAAUAAUCAGUUUAUAAAAUUUCUAGUUUUCGGUUUUUAAGGUUCGUUUUGCUUAUAUAAGCUAUGAAUGCACUAAGCUUCAAUUUUUGGAUUUUUGAAUUUUCUGAGAAGCUCUGGAGAGCCUGGAUUUUUCAAGUUGGCUCCAAGUCAUUUUUAAUCCAAAGAUCAUCCUAUUCUGAAUUUUCAGAACGAGCUUUUGCCGGUUAAUUUCAGCUUUUUCACUUUUUCUUUCACUUCUUGAACUUCUGAGAAGCUUUAAAGAACUUAAAAUUCGAUAAAAUGAGCUUCAAAUCAAUCCAAUUCAACAAUGAGAACUAAUUUAAGAUUUUCAGUCUUUUCAACCGUUUCUUUGUACUUUAGAAACCCCUAGAACGCUGUAAAGACCUUGAAUUUUGACAAAAAUGAGCUUAAAAUCGAUAAAAUCCAAUAAUCAGACCACACAGUUUAAGAUUUUUAGCUUUUCCAACCGUUUCUCUUCCAUUCGAAACCUUAGAGACGCUAUAAAGACGUUGAAUUUUGACGAAAAUGAGCUUCAAAUCGAUCCGAUCCAACAAUCAGACCACCAAAUUUGGGAUGUUUUAAACGGGCGCGGCGUCACAGGCAGUACCGCCUGAGGAGAAGACGAACGGGGGGAAGGAAGGACAAUCCAAGUGCAUUGAGAGGAGAGGGACAGGCACGACGGGUGGCACAUACAUACGCACAUUUAGCCCCUGUGGGAGAACAGCGAGAGAGGGAGAGAAAGAGAUUGCAUCCCCCACGUGCCAGCUGGAGGCAAGGAUUUGGUCAGUAGACUCUGAUCGGCUAGGUGCAACAUUUUGAUGGGAUUUGGGGACCUUUUGAAGGGGUCUAGGGUCCGUUUUGGUUACAACCUGAAAAAGUUAAUUUUUGAGUGGUAUUUUCAAAGUUUUCCUCCAAAAUUAUCCUUACAAGGGUCCGUUUUGGUUUGAACUUGAAAAAAGUGGAUUUUUGAGGGGUUUUUUCAAAUUUUUCCAUUCAAACUUGUCAUUACAAGGGUCCGUUUUGGUUUGAACCUGAAAAAGUGGAUUUUCGAUGGGUUUUUUCAAAGUUUCUCAUCUAAAAUUGUCAUUACAGAACCUUUAAAAUUGAAAAAAAAAAUGUCAGUUGCUUUUGAAGCUUCAAAAACACCCUUAUUUGGUUAGAAAUUGCAAUUUUCACAUGAUAAUUUGGGUCUUCUAAUGUUUUUUUCAGUAGAAAAAAAGUCACAUAGAAUUUUUUUCUGAAUUUUUGGGCAGAAAAUUUACCGAGAAGCGUCGAAAGUUUCAAAAAAAUCGUGUUACUUUUUGAGCUUGAAAAUUCAAAAAAAGACCGAAAAUAUCGUCAAAAUCACCUAUUUCGAGGUCAAAAAAAGCUCAAAAACCACUGAAAAAAAAAUUUUUUUGUUGAUUUUUUUACCCGGAAAAUUCAACUAUUGCCCACGCAUUUUCCACCAAUUAAGGCGUAAAGAUGAGUAACUUCCAACUUUUACCACAUGAUAUCAUCAAAAAUUAGUCAAACUACCUAUCAGUAAAUUUACUAUUAGGUUAGGUGGGUUUAAAAGGUGAGCCGGAAGCCGAUUGCGUUCGGGCCUCUUCUUCUUCUUCUACCUUUGUAUAUUUGCUCAUUCUCGCGUACGAGAGGCAGACCUGUGCUGCGCGAUUGUGCUUCCUGGUUGGGUCUGUUCGCAUUUUAGAGGGGUCCGAAAGGUUUAUAUAAGGUUAGAGGUCAGGGACCAGUCGAUUUGAAUUUUUUUGGAUUUUUGAAAAGCGAUUUCUGUGAAGCUUUUGAGCUAGAAAAUUGGUGAAAAUGGGUUUUUUGAUGAUUUUGAGAUUUUCGGCUUCUUCUUGGGCUGCUUGGGCUUUUCAUUGAAUGAUUUAGGAUUUUUUUAAAGGUUGUUAGAGCUUCUUUUUUUACCUUUCAAAUUAAUUUUUGAAUGAAGAUUUUUUUGAUUUUUUCCAGAUUCUAACAGACUUUUUCAGCUUUCCGGAGGUAUUUUUGAGCUUUUUCCUAACUUUUUCUAGCCCCUUGAAAUCUGAAAAUGACCUUAUAAGCUUAAAAACUUGUCUACUGAAAACUUCUAAAACUUGAGAAAAAAAUUUUUUGGGGGGCUCGCUUCGGACCUUUCCAUAUUAGUUUUGAAUGAAGAUUUUUCGAUUUUUUCCAGCUUCCAACACACUUUCGAGGCUUUCCAAAAAUAUUUUGAGCUUCUCCUAACUUUUCUAGCACUCAGAAGGCUAGAAACUACCCCAGAAGCACGAAGAUAAUUUUCUGAUUACUCUAGAAACUUGGACAUAACCAAAAAAACCAUAUAAGCCGCUACAAACUUCCAAACCAGUAAUCUCCAUAUUCCCAUUGGCAUUGCGCGCGACGAAUUGUUUACCGGUGUCGCAGCGUCGUCGCAGUCGCCGUCGCAGCCGUCGUAUGUUUUGGCGGAUCGGUAUCCGUGGCGGCGGCGGCGCGCAAGGACGUACCGCCAGCACGCGGCAGCGAACACAUACACAGCCUCCUCCCCUCUCCGGAUCGACCCAAUGGCCUGACCCGAUAAACAACAUCAACCUACUCCUGGCAGCAGUGUUAUGAGAUGGUUAGGGGGGUUCCGAGCUGGAGAUGAGAGGAUUUUUGGAACUUUUAGAAUUUUUUUAUAUGAUGAUCAUUCUUUUUAGCUAAUCUUCGGAGACUUUUGUCGAUUUUUUUGUGGGGUUUCUGGUCGAAACUUUGAAACGUUUUGGCCUUUUUCUAGAAGUUUAAAGGACCCUAGCCUAGACCUAACGGAUAAACAACAUCAACCUACUCCUGGCAGCAGUGUUAUGAGAUGGUUGGACGGGGGGCUUGAGCUGGAGACGAGAAUUUUGGAGGGGAAGACUAAUUUGAUACGUUUUCUAAUAACUUUACGUGGUUUUUUGAGAUAUGAGGGAAUUUUUUGUGAAAUUUUGCAUUUUUAGUUCAAUUUUGGAGGAAGUUUGAGCUUUAUGGAUCUGUUCUUUAUCAGCUUCUGAGGAUAUCGGGUUUUUGAGCUUUUUAAGGGCUUCCCGGUAAACUUGAAGAACCUGUAGAUCCUUUUGAACUGGAGAUAAGAGAUUUUUCAAAACUUUCAAAGAAAUUUGAGCUUCUCCAAGCUGUUCUGACGUAUUUUUAUGGAUUCAUUGGAGUUUUUUGGAUUUCGGAUAAAUAUUUGGAAGCUUUCUGGAGGUUAUUUCUGUUAAUUGGAAAGUCCUAUGGAUCCUUUUUUGAAUUUGAAAGAAUUUUUUGGGAAAUGUACCGUUUUUUGUUAAAAUUUUUGAGGAAAUCUGACUUUUAAGGAUUUUUUGCGGAUUUUUCGGGUUUCUGAUCGAAAUUUGGAAGCUUUCCGAGGGUUUUUCUUGUAAAUUUAGGAGGUCUUAACCUUUUUUAACAUUUUUCAUAAGACUAUUGAGAAGAUUUCGACUUCCUGGAUCUGUAUUAUGGAUUUUUGUAGCGUUUCCGGUCAAAAUUUUAAGCUUUUUUUGAAGGUUUUUUUCCGGUGAAAUUUAGCCCAAAGUCUGAUUUUUUGGCUCAAGAGACUUUACUGGAUCUUAUUGAAGUUUUUUGCUUAGAAUUUUUUUUUCAAAUCGCUUUCUGAAAGGCUUCAGAGCCAUUUUGAAGCUUAUGAAUCCAAAAAAAAAACCAAAUUUAGACAUUUAUUCUGAUUUUAAAGGAGGAACAAGUUUUUUUCAUGGGGGGGGGAACUCGAAAAAAAGCGGGAUAAGUGCUUACUAUUAUCAACUAAUUAUCUGAUUAACUGGCCAAUUACCUUGAUUACCUGUCAGUCAUGUGGCGUUCAUCCUUACUUUUCUGAAGAUUUUUCAUUUUUAGCUUUCCUUUUGAGCUUUUCAUGACCCUAAUUCUAAUAGUAGAGGCUCUGAAUAAUCAUAAAUACCGAUAACUUAACAGAAUAAUGAUUUUCUUCGAUUUCAGAAAGCCAACAACGCCAUCGUUGCCGCUGACCCGGGAGCUUCUCAUUCAACACACGAAACGCUGGGAGGAGGAGUGCAAGGAUACCUGGAACCGGUUCGUUUUUCUAUUAUUUUUGUUUUCCUUGACCCAUAUUUGCUUCAUUGUUUUGUUUGCCCUGAUAAAAACAUGUUUUUUCGUGUCCCCACGCUUUUUUCAAUGAGUAAUAGUCUGUUAUAUAAGGGAAAGUGACUGUCAGAAUUUAGAAAAAUUGGCUUGCCUAUGUUUUCUGAGGAGUUGUGAGUUUUUAUUUUUCUUUUUAAUUGACUUUUCUUGAUUUUCAAUAUUUUACGGUUCCGCGCGGUAAAUAUUGCCUUUUUUGUGAUUUUUCUGCUUUGAAUGGAGCAAAUUCUACUUUUAAAACAUUUUUUUCCCUUGUUUAAGGUCAAUUUUAGGGUCAUUUACUGGGUAAUAUUCUAUUUCAAAAAAAUUAUUAAAAAAAGUAAAUUUUUGAGUUUUAAGAAUUUAAUCUGCUUAUAUAUUGAAUAAAAAAAGCAGGGAUUUGAAUGAAAAAUGAAAAAAGAUCUUCCAGAAAAAUGAAGGAAGCAAUUUUAUGCGAAAAAGAACUGAUCCUGAUCAAAAAUCCUCAAUUUUCUCAAUUUUCAGACGCCUCAAGCGAUUGAGCGACGAUUUGCCUUGCUCCCCACCUCCGGUGAAGCAACACCGACCGAACGUCUGCGCCACGCCGCCGCUCCACUGGACCUUGGCCCAGAAACAAGAAUUCUACCGUAGCCUCGCCCCGAAUCCACCACCGCCGGCUGGAAAGAACUACCAGGUUCAUCAUCUGGACUCCUUAAAACAGAAAUUCUAACCUGAAGCCUUUCCAGAUCACCUACACUCCUCUGGUGGACGACCCGGACUUGCAGCCACCUCGGUCUGACGUCGAAAAUCAAGUCCGACCAGCGUCGGCCUUCACGACGGUCCAUCCGAAACUGGUGCCGGUCAAGGAGCUGCCGGCACCGAUUCGGCUCUCCAUCGCCGAGUCGGUGAUCCAAGCCCCGGCCGAGCCCUACAAUCGACUCUUGGCCGUGGCCGCCGCCCCGAAAACGCCGUAA